AUGGCGUGGAAUGCAGGCUCGUCCAGCAAUUUGCUGGCCGAGUACCUGAAAUCGCCCGAUGACCUUGCGAAGAUCCCAUCGCUUCGUCGCAAGCUUGCGCGUGAGCAGGCCAUGCUCUCUGCGAAGCUCAAGAUGGGCGCGAAAGAUCAGCUGGAGGCGACGCGCGAAGGGCUACUUCAAAUGCAGUCCACACGGCGCGACAUCGCGAGUGUCCAGGAAGUGUUUGCGCAGAUCGAAGGCAUGUUCCAGGAUACGGCAGAGGACGGUUCUCAAGCACGCGAGACUAAGGGCGGCAAGAGUUUCCGUGUCAUCUGCGAGCUGUCGCAGCUGCGCCGCGCGUUGGUCCAGACGUCGGACAUCCUCAAAAAGAUCUACGAGAUGGGCAGCGAAGUUCAGACACUCACACAGCUCCUGGCUUCGUACCAAGCGAACCUCUAUGGCCCUGCGCCUGACCUCCUGGCGCUGCACUUCCAGAUCUCCAAGUGGGAGACGUUCCGUAACGAGACGCUGCACUUGGCUGGGUCCAGUGCUCCAGAUACACGGCGGCAACUUAUUCAGAUGCUUGCGCCUCUGGAAGACUUGCUGGAUGCGUUCGAAUCGUACAUGCUCGAUCUCAUGGCCCAUGUGCCUGACUUGGUCCGCCAUGGCCAAGCGGGUGUCGUGGUGCGCAUGGUGAAGAUUAUGGAGCGUGAGAACCGAGAGGAUGAGCGUACAGCCGCAAUUCGCCUUGCUAAGCAUGCCAAGAUUGAAGGUGCAGCUCGAUUCCGUGCGAUUGCAACGUACGGCCAUACCAUCAAGUUGUACUGGCACAAGUUCCAACAUACUGUACGAGCCGCGGCCCUGCAGCGACUGCAGGAGUUAUGGGCGCAGCUGCCGGAGCCGAGUCCCAGUGCACUGUACGAGCAAAUCGACUGGCUGUACAAGGACUUGGACUUUGUCCGCCACGCUAUCGUCCCGCUCUUCCCACCGGCCUGCCACGUCUACAAAAUCUAUGUACAGGCUCAUCAUCGCGCGCUAGGCGACCUGUUCCAAAUGCAUGUACCGCUGGAAACGGCCGAAGCGGCGUCGUUACUGGAGCUGUACCACGUCGCGAACGAGCACGAGUCGCGUAUGUUGCAGGCGGAACGUGAGGUGGACAGCGCGUGGCUCGAGCCGUCGUUGCUAGGCGGUCGUGAAAAGAACAUCAUUGACGACUAUGCCACGCUCCUCACACGCAAGAUGGACGACUGGACAGCGACGCUCAUGUACGACGAAAUCACAGCGUUUGUCAAUCGGGAGCGGCCGCCGGAGGAGACGGCGGAAGGUAUGUACCAAAUGUCGAGCUGCGUCAUUCUCUUCCGCAUGCUGCACCAGCAAAUGGACCUCGCUGCACAGACGGGCAAUCCCGAUCUGCUGGUGCGUGUGAUUGAUCAUGCCUGUGUGGUGAUGCACAAUACGCAGGCCCAGUGGAUGCAAACGGUGCAGCAGGAAUUUAAGAAGCAGACGACGGCGAAGCGCCCUGAAGAGGUCAAUGGCGGAUUGGUCGAGUACAUGAUGGCGCUCGCGAACGACCAACUGGCCAGUGCCGACCAAUCGGAAGCGUUGCUGCACCGUAUUGAGCCCAUGGUCGCCCAAGAGCAUCGCGCGCAUGUGCGCGAGGUGCUGGAUAAUACCCUGAACGGUUUCCUGGACAUUAGCAAACACUGUGUACAGCUGCUUGUGGAGAUCGUCCUAUUUGACCUUCGCCCUGCGUUCAAAGACUUGUUUACGUUCCCGGCGUGGUACAUUGAAGGCACGACGACGAUGAUCACCGAGACGGUGCGUGACUAUGCGAGUGACUAUGCCGCGCGCUUGGAGCCGAAUUUGUACGAUGUGCUGUCGGAUGAUUUGGUCACGCGGCUGCUUACCGCGUACCUCACGACGCUGCGUCGCUCAGCACGUCUGCGUAUGCCCAAAGCAGCGGAGCGAUUCAAGAUGGAUGUGAGCGAGCUGGGCAACCUUAUUUCUCACCUGCGACCUGCCGACGAGGCGCAGCAGCGUGUGGAAGUGCUGCAUAUGAUCCAUGCGAUUCUUCACGCGGCUCCGUCCAUGAUCUUCUUGCCGUACUGGACCUUUGCCAAGACGCACGGCCCCAACCUUGCGUUCUUCGAGGCACUCUUGCGUGCGCGGGAUGACGUGGAGAAGGCCGACGCCACCGCGUUGCUGGAGAGCGCCAAGCGCAAAGUACAGCAAGAACAGCUGCCGGACGUCCCAGAGAGUGGGCCGACCAUCAUGAGCGUCGUCUCCCAAACGCAGGCCUCCGGUCUCACAGGGCUUCUGGCCGGCUGGAACGCCGGGCCCGAGGGCAUUGCUUGGAGUGCCCUUGCGCAAAGUGCUCAAAACUACUUGGGCGCCGCAGGAUGGCGGCGUGAUACAUAG